AUGGGCAACAAAAUAUGCAACGGAAACAAAAGGGGCACCAGCAACAAAUUCGGUAAGCACCUUUCCAAAGUGGUAAAAAAUGUAUGCGACUUCUGUCUUCAGUCAAUUCAUCUCGAAAACUCAUUCAACAUCAAAGGGUGCACUCAUUCUUACUGUCAACAGUGCAUUGUUAAAUUCAUAGUGUCCAACCUCCAAUUAAAUGUCACUUCCAUUACCUGCCCUGUACCGGGCUGUGCCGGUGUCUUAGACCCAGAGCACUGCCGCCAAAUCCUCCCAUCCGACGUCUUUGUUUCAUGGAGCAAUGCCUUAUCUGAGUCUGUACUUUCCCCUGAGAGCGAUAUUGACUCAACCUUCAUAUGUGAUUUCUGUGUUGAGCCAGUUAACCUGAAAGACUCAUUUAACAUAAGGGGUUGCACCCAUUUUUACUGUCAAGGUUGCAUUGUCAAAUUCAUAGCUUCCAAGCGCCAAGACAAUGUCACUCGCAUUAUGUGCCCUGUACCAGGCUGCACCGGCACGUUAGACCUAGAAUACUGUCGUGCAAUUCUCCCGAAAGAUGUUUGUGAUCGGUGGGGAAAGGCCUUAUGUGAAUCUGUGGUUAUGGCCCUUAUGGGGACUGGGAAGAAGUACUUAUACUGUCCCUUCAAUGCGUGCUCGGCGCUGUUGAUUCAUGAGGAUCCGGAGGGUACCACUCAGUCUGUGUGUCCUCAUUGCAAAAGAGAAUUUUGCGCCAAGUGUAAGGUUCCUUGGCAUACCGAAUUUGAUUGUGCCAAUUUUCAGAAACUGGAAAAGAGGGGUGAAGACAAGAUGCUGGAAGAGCUUGCCAAGAGGAAGAGGUGGAGGAGGUGUCCAAAUUGCAAGUACUAUGUUGAAAGAAAAUCUGGGUGCAGCUACAUGAAAUGCAGAUUGAAUGGCUAA